AUGAAUAAUGUUACAGCUUCUCUAAAGGAUAUAUUACCCUCGAAUUAAAAGGCUGUAAUAAAGUUCAAAAUAACCCCUGGUAAGAAAAUAGACUCAAUCUGCCAAUGCAAUUUAAAAACUUGCAUGAUAUGUUCUCGUAAAAGAUCAUCAUCUAUGCUUUCAUUAAAAUCAAUAAAAAACUCAGUUGUCGUUGAUGAGAACUCUCCAGGUCUCAAAAGAACAGAUAACAAAAACAACUUUGUAAUACAAUCUAGCCUUCUUUCUAAGUAACUAUCAAGAUAAGUAUCUAACCAUCAAAUCCAAAAUUAAUUUUACAAUGGAAAAAUUAGUUAGGAAUCAAAAGGCAGCACAAACUCGACUACGUGGAUAAUGACAAAUUCUCAUUCUCGAAAAAUAUCAGUAGAUAGUCCAAUAAAGGAAGUCUAAUAAUAAACUUUAAAUCCAAUGGGAAUAGGAAGACAUUCUUUUAAAUUUCUAUAUGUAGUUGGUAAGGGAGGGUUUGGAAAAGUAUGGAGAGUAGAAAUGAAAGCGAAUCGACAAGAAUAUGCUUUAAAAGAGAUGUUGAAAACAAAGUAAUAAUAUCUAGAUAUUUAGAAUCAUAUCUAAGAGAUCAGUAAAUUCAGUUAUGAAUGAGAAAUUCCUUCUCGAACACUUAAAGCAUCCUUUUCUAGUGAACAUGCAUUAUGCAUUUUAAGACAGGGAAAACUUAUAUUUAGUUUUAGAUUUACUAAGAGGAGGCGAUUUAAGAUAUCAUUUAGGUAGAAUGAAAAAAUUCUCGGAAGAAUAAACAAGUAUUUCAAUGAUAAAGUUUAGAAUUUUUCGCUUGUUGCAUUUUAUUGUCUUUACAAUAUUUACAUCAGCAUGGAAUCAUCCACAGGGAUGUCAAACCUGAGAAUUUAGUGUUUGAUAAGGAUGGGUUCCUAAGAUUAACAGAUUUAGGAGUAGCUAGAUUAAAUAAGGACAGUGUUGCCAAUGAUACUUCAGGUACUCCUGGAUACAUGGCACCUGAAGUUAUGUGUAGGAUGGAACACUCUUUCCCAGUUGACUAUUAUGCUGUGGGUGUGAUAGUUUAUGAACUUUUACUUGGCAAAAGACCUUAUAAUGGAAAGAAUCGAUAAGAAAUUAGAGAGUAAAUAUUAGCUAAAUAAAUGCAAAUCAAAGAAAAUACUCCAGGGAUAAGCAACAAGGCAAUCGAUUUUGUAAAUAAAGUAUUUAAUAAAUUUAUUAUUAGUUGCUCAUUAGAAAACCAUAAUAAAGACUGGGUUUUAAUGGAAUUGAUGAAAUCUUUAGUCAUUCUUGGUUAUAUAAUUUUCCUUGGGGAAAACUAUUAAACAAAGAAAUCAGAUCUCUAUAUGUGCCUGGAGUAAGUUAACUAAAUUAUGUAGAGCAUCGAUGGCAACUACGAUUUUUAAAGCUAGAUCUCAGCUGACAGUGAGCCUUAAGAAGACAGUUCUAUGGUGCUAAGAAGGAAGAGCGUAUAAGGGUUAUUUGAAGGAUACAAAUUCCAAUGA